AAGUUUAAGUUUUGUUUGAAAGUGCAAAGUUUUAAAACUGUUAUUUAUUUAGUGUUUAUUGAACUGAAAAUGUUGCUGUGAGCUGUGAACUCGACAGUUUCGAAGUCAAGGCGACAAGUAUAUAAAAGUGAUUGCCGAUAUGAGCAGUCGUGUCUCUUAAAUUGAACUACAACGAAAAGUCGAUGUAUUCCUGUCAUCAGUAGUAUUAUGGAAUUAGACAUCAUGAUCGAAGAACUUGAACAGCAGACGACGCCGCGGCCGGCAUUCCUCACGACUGUGUUCACUCCUGAUGAUGAUCACGGUCCCAUCAAGAAUGCUACCAACACCACCACCGACCUCAAUUUCUAUUACUUUUAUGAUUCGGUCCAGUUCACGGUGAUGUGGGUGCUGUUCGUCGCUAUAGUGGUGCUGAACGCCUCUGUGAUCGCCGCCUUACUUUGCACGAAUGCAAGGAAAAGUCGUAUGAACUUCUUUAUCAUGCAACUUGCUAUCGCCGAUCUCUUCGUUGGCCUAAUCUACGUGUUCCCAGACAUAAUACAGAAGAUAACUAUUGCGUGGCUGGCCGGAGAAUUUAUGUGCAAAACUGUGAAAUUCCUUCAGGCUGUGGUGAUGUACGCGUCGACGUAUGUCCUGGUAGCGCUGAGUAUAGACCGGUGUGAUGCCAUCACGAAUCCUAUGAACUUCUCUGGAAGCUGGAAUCGGGCGAGGGCUCUCAUCGUGUCAGCAUGGCUCAUCAGCAUUGUGUUCUCUAUACCACUUCUGAUACUCUACGAGGUGAAAGAAGUUCAAGGUCAGAUGCAAUGCUGGAUAGACCUAGGAACUCCUAGAAGAUGGCAGAUCUGGAUGUCUCUGAUAUCCAUCAUGAUCUUCGUGCUACCAGCGUUGACGAUAGCAGCCUGUUACGCUGUGAUAGUCCUCACUAUAUGGACGAAGAGUAAGGCAGUCGUUAUGAGUCCGCCUAUUAAUUCUAGGAGAACCAAGACUAUGAGGAAUGGUCAGGUAGAAAGUGACCCGGAUUCAAGACGAGCCAGUUCAAGAGGACUAAUUCCUAGAGCGAAGAUCAAAAGUGUCAAAAUGACAUUCGUUAUUGUUUUCGUGUUUGUGCUGUGCUGGUCUCCAUACAUCGUGUUCGACCUCCUACAAGUGUACGACCACAUACCACCGACGCAGAACAACUUGGCCAUAGCCACCCUCAUCCAGAGCCUGGCACCGUUGAACUCAGCAGCCAAUCCUUUAAUAUGCUGCAUGUUCUCCCCUCACAUUUAUACUAGCCUCAGACGGGUUCCGCCUUAUAAAUGGUUGUGGUGUGGUCGACGACGCAAGCGACAUGCUCGAGGAACGGUCCGCUCAAGAUCUGACUCAACAGCCAACUCCGAUCUGCUAAGUUCCACUCACGCGAGAAGAUCACAUUCUGUCGCUACGAUACUAAACCGAGGCCGAAGCAGUAGUGUAACCAGGGCGCCAGUAGACACGCGACGCACUCAGCUCUUGGUGCUGGUGUCAUCACGCGACUGACAACGAGCUGUGCACGAGCCCGCCAGAGACGUAAUGCUCUAGCGCCAGUGCAUGGCGUGUGCACGCUCACACGCCGCUAGUGUAUACAGAGGCAAUUUUUAAAUCCCCUGUAUCUAACUAGCAAGAUUAAAAAAAAA